AUGCCACCCAGCAAAGUCUCCGUGCUUGGAAAUGCUAUUCUGUUCCUCUCAGCCCUAACGGGCGCCCAAGAAUCGGAAAUUCCGACCUUCGAACAUCACUCGCCGCCAGCAUAUCCACCCCCAAUCGGAACUGGGGAUGGUUUCCCAGAAUGGAGCGAGGCGUAUUCAAAGGCGCAAGCCGUCGUUGCACAAAUGACUAUCGCAGAGAAAGUAAACUUGACUUCCGGUGUCGGCUGGGAAGGUGAACAGUGCGUAGGAAACACUGGUGGCGUUCCUAGACUUGGUAUCAGGGGUCUAUGUCUUCAGGACAGUCCUCUUGGCAUUCGAUUUGGACAGUACUCCUCGGCUUUUCCUGCCGGUGUGACAAUUGCAGCUACAUGGGAUGACGACCUAGCAUACGCUCGAGGGUUCGCCAUGGGCGUGGAGCACCGUGGCAAGGGGGUUGACGUCCAGCUCGGCCCUGUCUCUGGGCCCUUGGGAUUAUUCCCGGAAGGCGGUAGGAACUGGGAGGGUGGAGGCUCAGACCCAUACUUGAGCGGAAUUGGUCUUGCAUCCGCAGUUCGAGGCAUCCAGGAUGCAGGGGUUAUUGCAUGCGCGAAGCAUUUUAUCGCUAAUGAACAAGAACAUUAUCGACAACGUGGGGAAAACGCAAUCGCAAUCAAUGAGAGUAUCAGUUCCAAUGUCGAUGAUCGUACGAUGCAUGAGGUGUACGCCUGGCCCUUCGCUGACGCGGUCAAGGCUGGCGUCGGAUCCAUUAUGUGCUCUUACAACCAGAUCAACAACUCCUAUGGUUGCCAAAACAGCGAAUUGAUGAACGGUAUCCUGAAAAAUGAACUUGGAUUCCAAGGUUUCGUUGUGUCUGAUUGGCAAGCUCAGCACGGCGGCGUUGCAACUGCUUUGGCUGGUCUUGGUGACCAGAAUUUCUACUCCGCAAACUCGUACUGGGCCUCUAACUUGACUGGUGCCGUCAUUAAUGGGAGUGUUCCAAUAUGGAGGUUGGAUGAUAUGGCAACCCGCAUUAUGGCCUCUUUUUACAAAGUUGGUCUUGACAAGGACAGAGUUGAGGUAAACCUCGACUCCUGGUCCACCGAUGUUUACGGAUACAGACAUUACUUUGCCCAAGAAGGAUACGGACUCAUCAACGGAAACGUUGAUGUUCGUGGAAACCAUGCCACCCUUAUUCGUGAAAUUGCUGCCAAGGGAACUGUCAUCCUCAAGAACGUCGCCAAUGCACUUCCACUCCAAAAGCCUAGGCAAAUUGCCGUCUUUGGGUCUGAUGCUACUGAUAACCCGAGAGGUCCAAAUGGAUGUCCUGACCGUGCCUGUGCCGACGGUACAGUUGCUAUGGGAUGGGGUUCCGGCACGGCCAACUUUCCAUAUUUGAUCUCUCCACUAUCUGCGUUACAAAAUAAAGCUAUCGCCGACAAUACUGUUAUUCAAUGGGUUGUUGAUGAUUACGCCACUGGACACAUGAAACAAACUGCCACCCAGGCUACCGUAUGUCUCGUCUUCGUCAAGGCACAAGCUGGAGAAGGUUUCGUCGGCGUCGAUGGAAACCAAGGUGAUCGCAAGAACCUUACUCUCUGGUCUAACGGAGAGGAAGUCAUCAGCACUGUCGCUGCGAAUUGCAACAAUACCAUUGUCACUAUCCAUUCCCCAGGACCAGUGACACUGGAAGAAUGGAUCGAACACCCCAACGUUACCGCUGUCGUCUACGCUGGUCUCCCCGGCCAAGAGAGUGGAAACUCCAUUGUUGAUGUUCUCUACGGUUUAGUCGAGCCCGGCCGUCUUCCAUUCACUAUCGCAAAGAAUGCCAAAGACUACGGUGUUAGCCUCAUGUACGAGCCUGAUAACACCUACGCACCCCAGCAGGACUUGGGCGGUCUCCUAAUUGAUCACCGCUACUUCGACAAGCACAACAUCGAACCCCGCUUUGAAUUUGGCUUCGGUCUCUCCUAUACAACAUGGAAAUACCACAAAAUCGUGGUCCGCAAGACAAACGCUGGUCCUUACGUUCCAUCCAGCGGUCGUACCCCAGCCGCAAAGACCACGAAGGUCACCGAAUCCGCCGAAUCUCUCCUCUUCCCUGCCGGUUUCACCAAAGUCCGAUUCUACAACUACCCAUGGUUCAACAGUACCAGCGACGUCAAACGAGACGGCGAAAACGGCCCCUCUGACGCCUACGAUCCAAAUGGUACUGCCACCCGUCCAGCCGGUGGUGCACCAGGUGGUAACCCAGGUCUCUACGACAUCCUCUACGAAGUCAACGUCACCCUUUCCAACACCGGAAAACGUAACGGUGAGGAAGUAGUCCAACUUUACAUUUCACAAGGUGAAUCGGACGAUCCAGUCCGUGUUCUCCGUGGAUUCCGAAGAGUCUCCGUCAAUGCUGGAAAAUCUACUACCAUAACAUUUACCCUCACUCGAAGGGAUAUCUCUCGUUGGGAUACUACUACUCAGAAUUGGGUUGUCAGCCCGGCCGAGAAGAUGGUAUUCGUUGGAAGGAGUUCCAGAGAUCUACCACUUGUUGCAAAGUUGAACGGUGGAAAGAAGUCUAUCGGGUACAGUAAGAACAAACCCGGCAGACAGGGCCACGGAAUGAAGACCUUCAUGUAA